GCACUUGGCUCAAACAUCGUGAUUGCACAUCGGACAGGUGAUUUGCUGCGAAUUACACCACGGCUGUGUGAGGAUAUCAAUGAAGAAUGGAUUAGCGAUAAGACACGCUUUGUGGUUGAUGGUUUAAAACGACAGAGAUUGGGACAGCCAAUGUUGCGAACUCAGGCCGGAUCUCUGGAGCCGUGCACUUGGGAAGAAGCUUUGUUUGCUGUUGCUUCGAAAUUACGCUCCACCUCUCCGGAUCAGAUGGCAGCAGUAGCCGGGGAUCUGUGUGAUACAGAAUCACUGGUAGCAUUGAAAGAUUUGAUGAAUCGGUUUGAUAGCGAAUUGGUUUGCACAGAGGAAUCGUUUCCAGACGUAAGUGGUGGCGGAGAUCUACGAUGCAAUUAUGUUAUGGGUGACAAACUGAUUGGAGUGGAAAAGGCGGAUGUGCUGUUGCUGAUCGGUACAAAUCCACGCUUUGAAGCUGCAGUUUUCAAUGCUCGUAUCAGAAAGAGUUUCCUACACACAGAUAUUGAGAUCGGUGUAAUUGGUGCAGAAGUGGACAUGAAGUAUGAUUAUGAGUAUCUUGGUGACAACAGCACUGUUCUGGACGGUGUGAUCGACGGCAAAAGUGAAUUUGCGAAGGUGAAUGCGAGUGCAAGGUUCAUUAGUAAUGUUUUUAGCGAGCCGAUCAUUGCGGAACGACCUGUCCGCAACUGA